CUUCAUUGGCCACUGGCGGGCGCGCGUCACCCAGGCUGGUGCUCGCCUCCAGCCCCGGUGGAAUUGGAGCCGAGGCGGAGCUGAAAAUGCAGAUUUAGCAUCAAGCACAGACAUACACUGGCUCUUUCUCUCCUGGUACACACAGCUCCUCACAUUCGCACCCCUGCCAGCAAGCCGGGCCGCCUGACUGCCCGGCUUCCCCGCCAGCCAGAUGCUGGGGAACACACACUGAUUUGCUGCUUUCCAAGCCACUAUACUCAAUCUCUCUUUCUCUAUACUUAUUUUUUAAAAAUAACUACAUAUCUAUUUUUAUUUGCAUCUUCGCUCCGCGUCCCCAACUCCACCAGUCUGCGCGCCUCCUAGCCCCACUUUUCACUCCCAAAGAAGGAUGAAGGGGAGCCGUGGUUCCCAGUGGAAGGCAGCCGCCGGGCUCCUCUUCUGUGUCACGGUUUUUGCCUCUGCCGACAGACCGGUCUUCACGAAUCAUUUUCUUGUGGAGUUGCAUAAAGGGGGAGAGGAAGAAGCUCGCCAAGUUGCAGCACAGCACGGCUUUGGAGUCCGAAAGCUCCCCUUUGCAGAUGGCCUGUACCACUUUUAUCACAAUGGUCUUGCGAAGGCCAAAAGGAGAAGAAGCCUACACCACAAGCAGCAGCUGGAGAGAGACCCUAGGGUAAAGAUGGCCUUGCAACAGGAAGGAUUUGACCGAAAAAAGAGAGGGUACAGAGACAUCAACGAAAUUGACAUCAACAUGAACGAUCCUCUGUUCACAAAGCAGUGGUAUCUGAUCAACACUGGGCAAGCUGAUGGCACUCCUGGGCUUGAUUUGAAUGUGGCAGAAGCCUGGGAGCUGGGAUACACAGGAAAAGGUGUGACUAUUGGAAUUAUGGAUGAUGGAAUCGACUAUCUCCACCCAGACUUGGCCUCCAAUUAUAAUGCAGAGGCAAGUUAUGACUUCAGCAGCAAUGACCCCUAUCCCUACCCUCGGUACACUGAUGACUGGUUUAACAGCCAUGGAACACGAUGCGCAGGAGAAGUUUCAGCUGCAGCCAACAACAAUAUCUGUGGAGUUGGGGUAGCAUACAACUCCAAGGUGGCAGGUAUCCGGAUGCUGGACCAGCCAUUUAUGACAGACAUCAUCGAGGCCUCCUCCAUCAGCCACAUGCCUCAACUGAUUGACAUAUACAGUGCCAGCUGGGGCCCCACAGACAACGGGAAGACUGUGGAUGGGCCCCGAGAGCUCACGCUUCAGGCCAUGGCCGAUGGAGUGAACAAGGGCCGAGGAGGCAAAGGCAGCAUCUACGUGUGGGCCUCUGGGGAUGGCGGCAGCUAUGAUGACUGCAAUUGUGAUGGCUACGCCUCCAGCAUGUGGACCAUCUCCAUCAAUUCAGCCAUCAAUGAUGGCAGGACAGCCUUGUAUGAUGAGAGUUGCUCCUCCACCUUGGCAUCUACCUUCAGCAAUGGGAGGAAGAGAAACCCUGAGGCUGGUGUGGCCACCACAGAUUUGUAUGGCAACUGCACUCUGAGGCAUUCUGGGACAUCUGCGGCUGCUCCUGAAGCAGCUGGCGUGUUUGCACUGGCUUUAGAAGCUAAUCUGGAUCUGACCUGGAGAGACAUGCAGCAUCUGACUGUGCUCACCUCCAAACGGAACCAGCUUCAUGAUGAGGUCCAUCAGUGGCGACGGAAUGGAGUUGGACUGGAGUUCAAUCAUCUCUUUGGUUACGGAGUCCUGGAUGCAGGUGCCAUGGUGAAAAUGGCUAAAGAUUGGAAAACUGUGCCUGAGAGAUUCCACUGUGUGGGAGGCUCCACCCAGGACCCUGAGAAAAUUCCACCCACAGGCAAGUUGGUGCUGACCCUCACCACAGAUGCAUGUGAGGGAAAGGAAAAUUUUGUCCGCUAUCUGGAGCAUGUCCAAGCUGUCAUCACGGUGAAUGCCACCAGGAGAGGGGACCUGAACAUCAACAUGACUUCACCUAUGGGUACCAAGUCUAUUUUGCUGAGCAGACGUCCCAGGGAUGAUGACUCCAAAGUGGGCUUUGACAAGUGGCCUUUUAUGACCACCCACACUUGGGGGGAAGAUGCCCGAGGAACCUGGACCCUGGAGCUGGGGUUUGUGGGCAGUACACCCCAAAAAGGGGUGCUGAAGGAAUGGACCCUGAUGCUACAUGGUACACAGAGUGCCCCGUAUAUUGACCAGGUUGUAAGAGAUUACCAGUCGAAGCUGGCCAUGUCCAAGAAGCAAGAGCUAGAGGAAGAGCUGGACGAAGCUGUGGAGAGAAGCCUGAAAAGUAUUCUAAGCAAAAACUAGGGCCACAUUUCUGCCUCCAUGGUCUCCCUCCCUCCCUGUCUCUGCCGCUAUCCUCACCCCAUGUUUCCAGCAGGCACCUAGCAAUUACUGUCACCCCACUCACAGGCGGUGCCAUCUUCUUAAUCAACAGCUUUGCUCACUGUCAAUGAUUAUUUUCAUUACAAUGGAAGUGAUCUUUUUUAUUCUAUGCCCCAAAUAUAGUGUUCCCCCAUAACAUCUA